AUGCACUUCCUUCCGCGAACGGCGCCGGCGAGCGGAUCAAUGAUGGCCGCCGCACGUCGGCGCACGCGCGUCACAGGUCCCCGCCCAGGGAGGCGGGGCGGGUGCGGGGAGCUGGCUUCGCCGCCGGCUUGCGGACGGUGCUGCAAGAGGAGCCCGACUGGGGCUGUUAGAGUUGCGGCAGCUCCACGAGCUCCUGAAGCGGAGGCGGCGGGAGCGGAGGGCUGCGCCUGCUCCAGGAAGCCUCGGCGCCCGAAAGGUGAAAAGUUCAAGUUUGCUUCUGACGGUUCCGUGUUACAUCAUCCAUUAAAAGGCACAUAUAUUGAAGGAGCCCUGGCGUACUACUCUACAAGGAUGAAGAGCAGACAGACUUAUUCGUGGGUUGGCAGGCCGUUGCUGGAUCCAAAACUACACCACCAAACCUACAGAGAAAUGAGUGUGAAGGUAGAAGGUUGCUCGACUGAGCUUCACAUCCACGUUGGACAGUUCGUGCUGGUUGAAGGGAAUGAUGAUGAAAAUCCAUAUGUUGCUAAAUUGGUUGAAUUGUUUGAAGAUGGUUCUGAGCCUCAUUCCAGGAAGCGUGCUCGAGUACAGUGGUUUAUCCGAUUCUGUGAAGUCCCUGUCUGUAAACAGCAUCUGCUGGGCCGGAAGCCUGCUGCCCAGGAGAUAUUCUGGUAUGAUUACCCUGCUUGUGACAACAACAUUAAUGCCGAAACCAUCAUUGGCCCUGUGCAGGUAGUAGCUUUAGCCCCAGAUGAAGUGAUACCUACGGAUCUGAAAAAUGAGAAGACGCUCUUUGUGAAACUAUCUUGGAAUGAGAAGAAGUUCAGCCCACUAUCCCCAGAACUAUUUGCACAAUUGGAAAAGCUACAAGAAGGCAGCCCUAGAUGCCAGAAGUCCGUGGAAGCCAAGACUAAGAACAUAGAAAGCCCUUCUUGCACCACAGCAGAGCGUGCAGUCAAAAGGGUUGAAUCGAGGCACUCCAGCUCCAAAUCUCGCCCAGCUCCUACCCAUCCUGUCACCCCCAGGGCGAGGAAGAGACUGGAGCUCAGCAGUUCCCCCAGGACACCUAACACCAGGAUUUCCCGGCAGACUUCAUGGGCCUCGCCGGAUUCUCCCAGAAGAACUAAACGGAAAGCGGCCCUCUCUGAAAUCACCUCACCUUCUAAGAGGUCUCAGCCUGAUGGACUUCAGACCUCGUCUCCAGCUCGGAAAGCCCCCGAGAAAACUGGGGAGAUUCAACGACGCUCUUGUGCCAAAGAUGACAAGAAAGUUUCAGCUGAACGUCAUAUGACCCUGAGACCCCGAGUCCCAGCCUUGAAAACCACGAUGCUUAGUGAGGAAAGAAGACUUACCCCCACCAGAGGGGGACGGAGAUCCUCCAUGCUGCCUUCUGUGAUUCUGAUACCAGAAAACAUCAGAAAGAGGGAGGCUGAAGAACCAGAAGCUCAGGAUGAAGCUAUCUUUAGUCGCCAUCAUACCAGCAGAAAGAGUUCCCUCUUGACUUUAAAUCAGAUUAAGCAGCAGCUUCGGUUUUUAGGUAAGAGUGUAAGUGACUCAGAAGAUGAAGAGUUUCUGCCAGCAGCAGAGAUUCCAGACUCCAGCAGUGAAGAGGAAGAAGAUUCCACGUCACCGCUUCCAAGGACACCCAGUGGUACGUCCAGGAACCUCCGCUCUUCCACGAAGCUGUCCUUACAGACCCCCUCCAAGACACCAAAGAAAACUCCCAAGCCUAGAACACCACGUCAUGCCACUCCACGGAUCCGCAGCCGAAACCUGGCUGCCCAGGAGCCAGCCAGCGUGCUGGAGGAGGCCCGGCUAAGGCUGCAUGUUUCUGCGGUGCCUGAGUCUCUCCCCUGUCGGGAACAGGAAUUCCAAGACAUCUACAACUUUGUGGAAAGCAAACUCCUUGACCAGACUGGAGGGUGCAUGUACAUCUCCGGGGUCCCUGGGACAGGAAAGACUGCCACUGUGCGUGAGGUGAUACGUGGCCUGCAGCAGGCCGCCCAAGCAAAUGAUGUUCCUCCCUUUCAAUACGUUGAGGUCAAUGGCAUGAAGCUGACAGAGCCCCACCAAGUUUACGUGCAAAUCUUGCAGAAGCUGACAGGCCAAAAGGCAACAGCUAUCCAUGCGGCAGAACUGCUAGCAAAGCGAUUCCGCACCCAAGGGUCCUCUCAGGAAACCACCGUGCUGCUUGUGGAUGAGCUCGACUUUCUAUGGACUCAGAAACAAGAUGUAAUGUACAAUCUCUUUGACUGGCCCACUCACAAGGAGGCCCGGCUUGUGGUCCUAACCAUUGCCAACACUAUGGACCUGCCAGAACGCAUCAUGAUGAACCGGGUGUUAAGCCGACUGGGUCUCACCAGGAUGUCCUUCCAGCCCUACACUCACAGCCAACUGCAGCAGAUCCUAGUGUCUCGACUCAAACAUUUAAGGGCCUUUGAGGAUGAUGCCAUCCAGUUCGUAGCCAGGAAGGUAGCAGCCCUCUCUGGAGAUGCACGACGCUGCCUGGACAUUUGUAGGCGUGCCACAGACAUCUGUGAGUUCUCCUGCCAGAAGCCCGGCUCUCCUGGCCUGGUGACUGUAGCCCACCUGCUGGAAGCAGUAGAUGAGAUGUUUUCAUCGUCAUACAUCACCGCCAUCAAAAAUUCCUCCGUUCUGGAACAGAGCUUCCUAAGAGCCAUCCUUGCAGAGUUCCGUCGAUCAGGACUGGAGGAAGCAACAUUUCAACAGGUGUACAGUCAACAUGUGGCACUCUGCAGGAUGGAGGGGCUCCCGUACCCCACCAUGACAGAGACCAUGGCAGUGUGCUGUCAGCUGGGCUCCUGCCGCCUCCUGCUCGUGGAGCCCAGCAGGAACGACCUGCUCCUUCGUGUGCGGCUCAAUGUCAGCCAGGAUGAUGUGCUGUAUGCUCUAAAGGAAGAGUGAAGGGCUUCACAAGGAAGAACUGUGAUCUGCUGGGGUUCUUUUGUUUUGGUUUGGGGUUUUGUUUUGUUUUGAUUUGCUCUUUUUAAAGAGCCUGAUGAUGUUUUUCUAAGCACAUGGAAUUAUUGUAGCAAAGUAUACUGAAUAGAAAUCAUUGUCACAUAUUUUGGAAUUUUCCAUUAAAUAAUUUGCUUUUUCCAGAA